AUGGAAGUGUCCAAAGGAACAGGGAGAAACAGGGUAGUUCUGUUUAGAGGAGUUGAGUGUAAAAUCGGGGAAAAACAGAGGGGAUUAAGUAAAAGUGAUCAAUUGAUUUGGCUCAUGCAGAAGAUGGGUUCCUCGGAAAACAAGAAAAGAGAUGGAGAAGUGAGGAAUAGACAUGAAAGAGAAGUGUAA